ACCACCCCGAGGGAGGGAGGGAGGGAAAGACAAAACAAAACAAGCCAUACAAUACAUCCAUGAGCGCCCGAAAGUACGUUCCGAACCGACUCCGGGGCGUCCUGGGAGGGGACCCCCAGGACAACCCGUCGUCGUCGUCGUCGUCGUCGUCGUCGUCGUCGUCGUCGUCGUCGUCGUCGUCGUCCUCGCUGCGGGCCAAGGGUCGAAAGUCCCGUCCCUGGCGCGUCGAUGCCGCCAGCUGGAAGCAGCAGCUGCAGGAGCGCAAGGCCGUGUACGACCACUUUGCCCUUCCCGAGAAGGCCGACGAGGAACCGAAAGAGAAGGACAAGGACGCUUCGGGCGAACGGGCACCACCACCGGCCUCCCCCGACGAGCAAAGGCACACGCCCGAGCAAAUGCCAGAGCAGAUACCAACACCAACGCAAACGCAAAGGCCCGAGGCUCCAAAGGUGCAACGGGCGCAGUCGGUGCCGGCAAGGAUUGCCGACGCCGGCGAGGGGGGGGACGUCGAGACCCUGGCGACGCCCAAGCGGGGAGAACAGGUGGAGAUGGUCCUGAAGGAGAGAUCGAGAUCGCUGUCGCUGGUUCCGUCUGCGUCCGCGUCCACGUCCGCGUCCACUUCCCCCGCGGAAAAGAGCAACGAUCCGGACGGGGCAACAGCCCUUGGCGACGACCACAGCGAGGGCUUGAAAUCGGCCCACUCGGGAUCCUCGGCCUCCUCGCAGCCCCGCAAGCCGUCUCCCCUGCCCCGCCACAGGCAAUCGGCCCACGAGAAGGCAGCGAGCCCAAACGGCAAGAGGAAGGGCAAGCGCCUCUCGCCAGCGAAGGCCCCGAGGCCCAGCGACGUCGAAUACGACAUCGAUUUCACGGACCUGGUGGCCUCGGGCUCGAGGGAUUCGAAUUCGAAUUCCCAUUCCAAUUCCCAUUCCAACGGCGAUGCCGCCGCCGUGCACAAAUCCGCCGUGAUGGAAGCCGUCGAGGACUUUAUCGAUCCUUCCCAGGCGGACGCGGCCCCUGCCCGAACCAAACACGCCCCUCCGCUGCGAAAGACCAAGUCCAGCUCCCGGCUGGUGGCCGCCGCCGAAGAAAAAGGCAGGACCCGGGCGCGGACCCCGGACGCAGCGGGCGCCCACGAGAGGGAGAUAUGUAUCGGCGUCGGCGAACGGGACGAACAAGGGCCGGCGGGGAGCCCUUCCAGCCCCAGCCCCAGGACGAGCCCGGUUCGGCGGGGGGGCCGCCGCCGGCCGAGGCCCUCCGCGGCGGCGGAAGGGUCGAUCUUGGGAGACUCCUCGUCGCAAGGGAACAACCGCAACAGCAGCAGCAGCAACAAGAACGAGACCAACUCGAGCGGUUCCAGCGGCGACUACGAUACCGACGACGAGUGGUCGAUACGACCCGUUCCCAGCGACGAGGAGGAAUGCCUGGAAAAAAGGCGGUGGCCGCUGCGAAUGGACGCCGAUUCGGCGUCCACAGAGUCGGGCGACACGGACAUUAUUUCCGUGAUCAACGACGUGGUCUUGCCCCUCGCCACCCCGAGGGGCAGGAAGAGCCAGACCCUGAGAGGCCUUGCGCACGGUGCCGAAAACGAAAACGAUGCCGAACACGAAAAGGAAUCGGAAGAAUCCGAGAGUUCCAUGGAGAACAUAAAGAUGAGAGAGCGAAUAGCUCUGUCUCUGUCGCAACCAGGAGACCACGACGACAGCAACGGAUCCGGCUAUUCCGAAGGAGCCGAGAGCACCUCGAACGCCGGAGACUACGAUUCGGGGGACUCGUCGGCCAGUCCCGACCCCCUGCAGAGGGCCCGGAAGACCCUCUUGCUGUCGAGCUUCAACCGCUCGAUCCGCAGCCUGCAGGACUCGCUUUCGUCGCGGUCCCGCCGGGAGGACGACCGCGGGGUGGAGGGCGACCACGGCGCCCGGACCAAGUCCGCCAGGUCGAUCUUCGUUCCCCUGCGGUCCCGCCAGGGCAAGAGCCCCCGCGCCCGUGCCUCGCAGGAACAGAGCGCCCGGGACAUUCCGCUCAACCUGCUCAACGACCACGGCGUCUAUGUCUCGCAGUACAACGAAACGGGGAUCUUCGUGCCGCCAAAGAACGAUUCGGACGAACCGGAUGCGGAAACCUCUCCCGAUGCCUCGGUGUACAACGAACUCGGCGUCUUUGUUCCACCACCGUCCAAGGCCCCGGAAGAGGAGACCAACGAAUCGAAGGCCGACGGCACCUCGGGAUCGGAGCAGAGCGACGAAACAACCGAACCGGGAGACGACCCGCCUCCCGGCAACAGAGGCACGGCGUCGUCGUCCUUGGAUUCGUCGCUGGAUUCGUCGUCGGAUUCGUCGUCGGAUGCCGAUGGGUCGAACGCCGCCGAGAAAGAGUCCAAGGAUCCUGCCGCAAGCGGUACCGCCGGAACGGCCGGAGCAGAUCGGGCCGAUCGUUCUGCUUCGGCGUCCCCCGAGAAGGAAGAUUCGCUGGACACCGAGGCAGGCACUGCCACAGACCUGCCGCAAGACGACGGAACCGGUGGUGUGUCGUCUCUGGCAGGGAAUGUACAUAGCAACCACCCCGCCGAUGCCGAUGUCGAUGCCGAUACGGGGUUGGAACCCAAUGGGCAGCAACCCACCGCAACCCACAGCGAUACCGAAGUGUCACCCGCAACACCGGGUCCGGCUUUGCACGAGAGUCGGGAGAAGGACAGCGAAGAUGACGGCGGCGGCGGCGGCGACGGUCCUCGAGACGACGGCAUUGCUGCCAACGAAGUAGAAACAAAGAGGAAACAACUGGCUCUCGAUCUCGAGGAGCGCGUGGGCCUGAUUUACACCGGAAACCACUUGUGCAUCGAGACCAUCGGAACCUCGGAGGACCCCGAUCCACUUGCUACGAAGAGAGCACUGAUGAAAGCAGAGCCACGCGAAUCAAAACAAAACAUCGAAUUGAAGGCCCAGUUGAAUGACACGGUAUCCUCGAUGAACACCGAUCAUCACCACGUGGUGGAAUCCCCCGGCAAGCUCAAGUCCAAGAAGGGAAAGAAAUGGAAGAGUCGCCUCUUGCUCAAAAAGGCAGGAAAGGGAAAGAAUUCCAAAGUGCCUCGGGACGACACGAAGGCAGAAGAUGGACCGAUCGCGAGCCUCCCGUUCCGGGCCACGGAAGACCCCCUCCGAGAAACAACUUCCUACGACGACGACGACGAGGACGCUGCGCCUGCCAGCGACCGGGAACAGCUUGCGGAAGCCUCGGGCAGUUGGCCUACGGACCCACCGAUUGCAGUUGGGUUGGCCGAGGAAAGCACGGAGCAAGCCUCUGACAACGAACCGACCUCUGACAACGAACCACCGAGGGAGGGAGAUACCACGGAAGAUUCGCAGGUCACGGAAACGGAGCAAGAGAGUGGCGCCGAAUCCGUGGAUUCGAACAUCCCGGGUGCCCCGAUGGAUCGGAACAAGACCGAGGGCACCGGGGCGAACACCCCGGCUGCCGAGGAAUCGAAGGAUGGCGGCGACACCGAAGAAUCCAAGGCAAUGGGAGCAGAGGAGGGGCAGGUUCCCGAAUCGACGGAAAGUGGGAGUUCAUAUCUUCCAACGGCCGAGACAUCUGUGGAAGACGCGGUGGACAAAGCUUCCGAGAGCGGAGACGGCGACACCGAACACGCCAGUGCGAAUCGAGACAACGGGAUCAACAACGGGGCAGAAGGCACGCCGAACGAAAGGAAGGAUUUGGACGAAAAUUCGUUCCGCAAGGACCCCGAAAUCACUGACGAUGCAACUCAAGAAAAUUGCCUUCGCACAGAGAACGAUUCCAAAGAAACGACUUUAGCAGAAGCAAUCAGCGCUAACGACCAGAGUACCCCAGAUGCCGAGUCGAAACCAAUUCAGAGCGCGGAAGAAUUAUACGCAGAGCUGAUGAACUCGAACAGUGAUCCUCUUGUCGACGGUGGGGAUGCCAUCGGUUCUUUUGCGAUCGAUGACGACGAGCACGGUCAGAUAAACGAGAUGCCUCCUCCAGAUAAUAGUGAUAACAACGACAGCAUCAUACAGGGCAUGCCACCAAACAAGGGGAAGAAAUGGAAAGACAGACUGAAAAAGAAGAAAAACAAAAAAUCAAGCAAAGUUGGGGCUGCAAAGAAUGAUACAAACAAAGCGCAAGAAAUGGUUAUUGAUUCUCCAUCUAGCAGUGUUGGGACGAAUUCUGUAAACUCUGAAAAUUUAAGUGGUCGCCCGUCUUUCAAUAGAGAUAUCUCGGAUUUGACCGAAGAGAACUCUCAUGGCGUGCCACAAUCGAACGAAGAACAAAACGACGUUCACGAAAAGGCCGGCAAACAAAAGUCGAACAAAUGGAAGAAUAGGUUGAAAAAGAUGAAGACAUCGAAGCAGGAUAGCUCGAGAUCUUUGCAAGAAGACGCGAAGAGCAAAGAAUCGGACGGCACUUCCAACACGGAAGAAACACCUGCUGAUUCGAAUCAUCUCGGCGUUUCCGUUCCCGAGCCUCUGAAACCUAUCCCCGAACCGUCAGAUUCCAAUAAGGAUGACACUGCUGCACAAGAAGCCGAUGUUUCGACGCCAGUCGACGAAAUAGCAGCCCCCCCAGACUCCAAGUUAAGUGACGAAAGUCCUCAUCCAGCCGCUGAAAAAACGAACACACCAUCUCAGGCGGCCGCCACACCAGAUCAGAACGAAUCCAGCAUUAAGGGUACAGAAAUUCAACGAGAUCUCCGCAAGAGCUUUAAUGUUUUUGAUGCAUUUCUCAGAGAAGACCCAAUCGACGGAAAGCAGAUUGACGAUGGUUCGAUUUAUACGGAAUUGACUAUUGGACAAGAAUCAAUGCUUCAAUCAGGGCUUCCUGGUACCCAAGUGCCCUAUGAAGAAGAGGAGCAGAGUUACAUGGAUUUUACAGUAGAAGAAAGCUUGCAGCCUUCCUAUGUCGACGAAACCGUUGUGUCUGAAAUCGCUCCGAAGGACCACAUGAUGUCCCCGUUUAUGUCGAAUUUGCUUAGUAGCCGCCUUUUUCAAGAUAUGAAUACUUCGAUGCCUCUGAACGUCCCGCAACAGAAAGUGGAGCAAGAGAACUCCCGAUUUCAGCAGGACAGCGCGAUUGAUAGCCCGGAAGCAAACACGACGAAAAAAUUUCCAACUAUCACCGUAGGAAUUCACGAUGAUGAGAUGACUCAGAUUACAAUGGGUAGUCUUGAAGAUGACGAUGUGAGCGGAAAUCAAGACGAUGCAGAUGAACCAUUUUUCGACGCAGUGGCCUCACCUGUUUCAAGAACGCCGUCCGAAAAGAGUUCAAACAAGAAAAGUGGUUUAUCUACUAAUUCUAGACGGUCCGAAAGUGGCAUCUCAGUUGGUUCUCAGACAUCAUGCCCAGAGUCCUCGAAGCAGCGGAUUGCAGAAAUGUUGCGCAAGCAGGUAUGGAGUAGUGAUACGAACACCGUUGCGAGAGCGCUUGAAGAACUAGAAGUCGAGGCGAGGAAGGGAUUCAACUUCAGGGCACAAAUCGUUCGUUGCGGUGGUGUCAUGACAAUAAUGAAGGUCAUGGAAAUGAACUCAAACUGCGAAAAUAUUUCAAUACUUUGUUGCUCGAUAUUGGAAAAUUUGGCAUUGGAACCACAGACUCAGAUCGCAGUCUGCGAAAUGGAAGGAAUUUCACUAAUUGUUCGAUCCAUGCAGGAUCAUGCCCACAAUGCAAAACUUCAAGAAUCGGCUUGUGCUGCUCUAGCCACGAUUUGUCGACAGCAAGAAGCCAACACACUGAAAGAUCCCAUGAAGGAUGCUGAAGGUGCCGUGCCAAUCCUCUUGUCAUGCAUGACUAGGUAUCCUAACAACUCUAUCAUCCAAUCGAAGGCAUUCGGCGCUAUUGCAAGUCUUUGUACGGGGACUCAUAGCCACGACAGAUUAACGGAAUUAUCCAAGGCGGGAGGUAUUAUGACACUGACUACGGCUUUACAAACACCUUGGGACAACAAGAAUGAUCAACACGAGGCCAUUUCCUACUUAUCUAUUCUUUUACGAGGAAUAGCGGAGCUCAACGACAACAAAUUUUCUUUGCCGACAGCAGAUGAAACCUCAAAAUACAUGAAGCAUGACGGAACUAGCCAUACUUCAAACGAGACUGAAUCGAUGUCGACGAGGAAAGACGAUAGCAACGAAACAAGAGGAAAUGAGACUGCUGCCGAGAAACCCACGUACGAAUCUAACGGCGAAGAGACAACUAAUGACGACGACGAUGACGAUAUGCUUGAACGCAGUGUUUUUGAAGAAAUUCCAGAUUUACCAAUAAUGGCAUCAAGCAAUUCGAGUCACGUGGAGGAUAUUCCAGAUCUUGGAGAUAUCCCAACGAUGGUGUCAAACCUUGAAUGCCAAAAUGAUGAUCCUUAUGGUCUUAAUUUGGUGAAUAGGACAGCCGACCAGUUGGAUGUCAGCCAGCAUGGAAGUCAGAAUGGCAACGAAGAACAAUGCAUCGUCCAGUAAAAUCGAAGAAAGCUUCACAUUGUCU